GCUUAUCGGAGGGGAGAAAGAAACGCAAAGGCCCGUCCUUCACGUCUUUAUUCGUCUUUCCCUGCUAACAUGGAGGGAUCCGGCGAAGCUAUCUUUAUGGCUAUGGCUAGGGUUAGGGUUUGACGAGCCAGAAGUGAAUUCGUCCGAAGAAGGAAAAGAACUAUACAAAAACCCUAGAAGAUCUUCUUCGGGUUUUAUCUUUAAUGGCUCGGCAGGAGAACUCGUUUGCCCUAUUGUUGGAUGAGGAAGGCGAUGAUGUCACGACCCUUAUCGCCAACGUUGCAGCCAAGGUCGUGUCUUCUCCACCUGUGGAAAAGAAGCAGCCGCAGCGGAAAGGCGAUCAGUCUGAUUCUGCUCCUUUGGCGAAAGGAACUGAUUCCGGUGAGUUAGUGAGAGCUGAGCGAGGGAGAGGGCGAGGUGGCCGUGGACGAGGUGGUUCGGGUAGGGAUGGUGGGCAGUUCGGGAACGGACGUGAUGAUGGUUACCAGCGCACCAACUAUGGGGAUUCUGAAUCGUUCGUUGCCGAUGAUGGCACGCGAGGGCGUGGUGGGCGUGGUAGGGGUAGAGGCGGCCGUGGCCGUGGCCGUGGGAGAGGAGGAUUCAAUGAGGAUCGUGGAUUUGGUGAUGAAGGUCUGCAGGUCUAUGAUGGCAGUGAAAAUCAAGUCCAGGGUGGUGCUGGUGAUGGUUGGGAGGAGGCAGGUGACUCUCAGGGUCGACAGUUUAGGAAUGAAAACAGGCCGUUUAAAAACGAUUAUCGGAAUGAGGGUGGUGAAAGAAAGGGCUAUGGUAGUGAGGGUGGUGAAAGAAGGGGCGGCUAUGGUAGUGAGGGUGGUGAAAGAAGGGGCGGCUAUGGUGGUGAAGGUGGUGAAAGAAGGGGCGCCUAUGGUGGUGAGAAAAAGCGAUAUUAUGGGGAUCGUGAGGGGGGGAGGUAUGGUAGGGUUGAAGGGCAGAACGCUUCGGAGAAGAAAGAGGAACAGGGUGAUUCUAAAGAUCAAACUGGGAACAAUGGGAAUAGCAACAAUGGUGCCGAAGGGGCUGCUGCUGAGACCACUGAAGUGCCAAAAGAUGCAGAGCAUGAGCAGGGAAAGCGUGAACAAGUGGCAUCUCAAGACACUGCCGACAAAAAGCCUCCAGAGGGAGAAGAAGAGGAUAAUAAAAUGACCCUUGAUGAAUAUGAGAAACUAUUAUCUGACAAAAGAAAAGCUUUGGAAGCGUUAAAGACUAAAGAAAGAAAGGUCACUAAGGACAAAGAUUUUGAUUCGAUGCAAGUUGUUGAGAAAAAGAAAGAGGAAACCCUGUUUAUUAAGCUGAAAUCUGAAAAGGACAAGCUUAAAAAGAAGGAUAGCCUUGAGAAGGAAGAGAAAGGUCGCAAGUCAUUGAACAUAACUGAAUUCCUGGGUGACAAGUACGUGGGAACCACUGGUCGUGGGCGUGGACGUGGUCGUGGACGUGGUGGAUCAAGGGAAGGAUACCAAGGUAGUGCGGCUGCUCCUGCACCUCGCAUUGAGGAUCCACGCCAGUUCCCUCUUUUGGGUGGUGGUGGUGCUGUUAAGGCAUGAUUUUUGUUUGGUAUUUAGAGGUUUUUUUCUUUUUCCGUUCUCUACCCUAUAGUAUUGGUCUGACUGAGGUAAAUGCGGAUUUAGGUUGAUAAGAUUUUGCACGACACUAAUGAAAAUUUUAAUUUUCUUGGC